UCUCCUCAGUGGGACAAUCCAAUGGAAUCCUAUUGGAUGAUGUUCAGGUAAAACGGAUCACCCUUGGACAAAGCACCGGUGAUGGGGCUGUAGAAGUCCAUACUCACAUCAGUCAAGGCUGGUCAUCAGUCCAGGCCAAGUGGCAUUUCAUUGAUCCCGAGAGUCCCAUAGUGGACUACAGCUGGGCCAUAGGAACUACGAGAGGCGGUACCCAACUACAAACAUUCACAUCGGUUGGUACACAGACAGACGCUAUGAACAGUAACCUUAGAAUGGCACAUGGCUCCAGAGUCUACGUUACUGUGAUUGCAAGAAAUGCAGCCGACCUCAUCACCAGAGCGACCUCUGACCCUGUAGUGAUUGAUCUGACCCCUCCUAUCAUCCAUGCUGUCGCUGACGGAAGGGAUUUAAAUGAUGUUGACUUCAGUGCAAAUGAUUCUGCUCUGACCUUCAGCUGGUCGGCAUCUGAUCCUGAAAGUGGAAUUGAUCACUGCACAUGGGCAGUUGGCUCAGGGCCUGGACUGGAUGACAUCCUACCCAGGUCAUCGUCUCCUGAUGCCACGUCCAGCAUCACCGCUAGUCUGUCUCAAAUUAUGGUAGAGGGCCAGCUCCUGUAUGUAACCGUCACGUGCUACAAUCAUGCUGAACAGUCAUCGUGGAAAUCAUCAGAUGGUGUUACAAUAGUGACGGUGCCUCCUGGUUCUACGACAGCAGCUGUCAUUGUGAAGACCAUGUCAGAUACUCAAUACGAAUCACGCAACGGAUACCAGUCUCAGAGACACUCUCUCAAAGCAUCAUAGGUUGGCUUCGUGGAUCCGUUCGGAAUUCACUCUUAUGAGUGCUUGCUUAGUGGACCCAACACCUUCACCUCCUGGACACCUUGUGGAUCAACAUCAGAGACCCACCUUGAUUGGUCAGGUCUUAGCCUGGUUGAUGAUGCAACCUAUAGCCUGUCAGUCAGAGCCAUCAAUCAUGCCGGUCUGAUCAGUCAGCAUAUCACAAGCAACUUUGCUGUGGAGUCUUCGGAGCCUGUUGUAGGACCGCCAAGUCUGCUACGCUCUUCCUGGCCCAGUAACACGACGGUUGAUCUAGCCUGGGAUGGCUUGUUCUCCUCCCCUUCGUCCUCCUUGGUGUAUGAGGUAUCUCUGGGUACCAUUCCAGGUGGAAGUGACGUCAUGCAGUGGGUGGAGACCAUGGAGUCUGGUAUGAAUGUCUCGCGGCUGGUUCCGUACACCGACUACCACUUGACAUUGACGGCCAUCAAUGCGGCCGGCUUGUCGCAAACAG